AUGCCCACAAAAUCCAGCAAAAGGACCGUCUCACAGGGGAAGACCUCAACGCCUCAAACCAACACAACCACCGCGCCCAACACCAAGCACCCAUCGCUCAGCCCAGCCAACAUCACCCCCAAAAUAUUCCAUGACCUUCUCGCUCUCUACCCCCAAACUGUGACCGCAGUUCACAACCGCAAAAAUACCCUUAAGCUCCAACCGAAACCUAAGACUGCCAAGCGCAAAGCCGAAGCUCUCGACAUCGCACCGACUGAACCAAACUCUUCCCUCGAAGAAACAGUUCGCUCUGAAACAGCGAAAUUCAUAGAACUGGAUACCUGGCGCUAUGAAGAAAUGCCUCAGACCCUAUCCAAACGCAAAUCCGAGACGAAUGGAGAGAAGGGAUAUCUAGAUAAAGCGGAGCUUAUUCGAAUCAUGGAGUGGAAACUGUGCGUCCCCUCCCCCUUCCUUUUUUUGUCAAUCUCGUUUAUUCUAUUCCCUUCAUCCAGACUGGAACUGGAUAAAUUAUUACAUACUAAACCUGAUAGAAAACACGGCCAUUUCCGACCUACGCUAAUGGGGAUGAUCAAAUCGAAUGCAGAGAAAGUAGUACUCGAGUGUACUUCUUCUGCGAUAUCUCUUCUCCCUGAACCCAGUACGACUCCCAAUGUGGACUCUGAGGGAGACUUAUAUCCGAAAGAGAGUUUCGAUGCGCUUACUCGAUUGAGAGGUGUUGGAGUGGCAACUGCUUCAUUGAUUCUAUCUAUCGCUACAGCUUCUUCUGUAGAAGUCGAUGAGGUGCCAUUCUACAGUGAUGAUACCUUCCUUUGGCUUUGCGCAGGAUGUUAUCCCGGGAGUGAGGAGGAGGAGGUGAGGAAGUAUUUGAAGCCCAAUGGAGAUUUAGGGGUGAAGUAUAAUGUUAAUGAGUAUCGAUUAUUGUGGGAAAAGAUGGAAGAGUUGAGAGGGAGAUUGAAUAGGCCUGGAGAAGGGGAGGACAAGAUACGGUUUGUUGAUAUUGAGCGGGUGGCUUUUGUGGUGAGGAAUUUUGAUGAUUCAGGGUUUGAUGUAGGUGGUGAUGACGGUGGCGGUGAUGAGGUGGAUGAAAAGGGGGUAAAGAAGGUGAAAACGUGA